AUGCGCCCAUCCAGUCGAGACGAUUUUGCGAUCGCGAUCAUCUGCGCGCUGACCCUCGAAGCGGAGGCGGUUGAAGAGCUCUUUUACGAAACCUACGACCGGUUGGGCGAACACUACAGGAAACAAUCAGGCGAUGACAAUACAUAUAUUAACGGGAGGAUUGGAAGCCAUAAUGUGGUCGUGUGCUAUAUGCCUGGCAUGGGAACAGGGAGUGCCGCCAGCGUAGCCUCGAGCUUGAAAAUCAGCUACAAAAGGAUUGAAGUGGCGCUGGUUGUCGGGAUCUGCGGAGGUGCACCAUACCCAUUAUCCGGCGGAGAGAUAUUUCUGGGGGAUGUGAUAGUAAGCGACUCUGUCGUUCAAUAUGACUUCGGCAGGCAGUAUCCUGGUGGGUUUGAGAAGAAAACGGAUUUGAAAGACAUACUUGGAAGACCAAGCCAAGCACUCCGUUCAAUACUGGCAAGCCUUCAGGCAAGGCGAUCUUGCAGAGACCUUCAGGAGAAGUUGUCACGGCAUUUACAAACACUCCAAGAAUCACUACCCAAUUGGCAUCGCCCUAAUUCAAUAAUCCCCAGAAUAAUAUCCGCAAGCAUGUUCUCCAUCAGAAAUUAUGGCUCGAACUGA